AUGCUCCAGUCCAUCGCCAGUGCGACCGGAGUAUCUACCAAUAAGCAGACUAAAGUAAACUUGUCUGAGUCUCUAGUCAAUGGCGAGGCCUCAAAUUAUCACAAUCCUGACACGGCGCCGCCCUCAUUGACCGAUGCUCCGUCGUCACAUUCAAGUCCUUCUUGUACUAUCAACUCAUCAAAUUCAUCGCCAUCGGCACCUCCGCCACCACUGUAUGACUUGGACCUUGAUGAGGCUGGAUCUUAUUUAGAACGGUUCAUGAACCAUAUGAUACCCUGUUUUCCUUUUAUCACCAUCCUCCCCGGCACUACAAUAGAGCAGCUGCGCCGAGACCGGCCUUUCCUCCUGGAAGCGAUCAUCGCGGUGGCGACAACGUCCACUCAAGAGAAGCUGUCCCGCGUGGAAAGGUUGAAAUAUAACCUUACAAAGGCCUCUGUGCUUGAAAACCAAUCGAGUGUCGACAUAUUGCUCGGCAUCCUGACCUACAUAGCAUGGAGUACUGAUCCCUUCCUCCAACGGUCAAGUAACCUGUCUCGGAUGAUGAUGAUGGCAAUGUCGCUGGUCUAUGAUUUGCAGCUGGGAAAACCACCACCGUCACCAGAGAUGAUUACAAUAUCGAAAAUGACACCAGGGCUGAGUAGCCCUGAGCAAAGCGUUGGCAACAGCUCGGACCAGGGUAUGUUGGAAAAGCAACGAGCAGUCUUGGCCUGUUUUGUCCUUAGUUCUAUUAUCUCGUCUUCUUUUAGACGUAUAGUUCCUUUACGAUGGGAUUCACAGAUGGAAAGUGCGAUUGAUAACCUUGAGAAAACCAAAGCUUGCCAAUUGGAUGAAAAUUUUGCGAUCCAAGUCCGUCUACAAGUGCUAGCACAAAAGGCAUCGCAUAUUCGGGACCCACAUAGCCAUGUCGAUGAAACGAAAGAUUCGAAGAGUACUCCGUUUGCAACUUCCAUGUAUCUCAAGGUGCUACAAGGCCAGCUUCAGGAGCUCAGAGCUGCCUGCGUGGCUCAUCUCCCACGGCAAGAUAUGCUCACUGCCCAAAUCCACUAUGCUGAGCUCUGUAUAAAUGAGGUGACUAGAUUGGCUAGUUCACAAGAUCCUCUUCUCUCCGCUUGUUGGUCCGACAGUAGCGCAAAUAGUUCUAUGACGGGACUCGAGCAUCUCGAGUCACUGUGGCGCUCCGUGUAUGCUGUCAAAUCAUGGUUAGAUGCCUUUUACACUAUCCCACCCGGCGCCUACAUUGGAUUUCCGUUUUUCUUCUGGUUCCAGCUUGUGCGAUGUGUGGUGAUACUGAAGCACCUGUUGACAUUUGAUGAUCCAGCAUGGGACCGAGAGGCCGUGCGAAAUACUGUCAAUAUGGUCGAUUUAUUGGAAUGGAUGACUGAGAAGACCGAUCUUGCAAGUCAGGAGGCUGGUGAACAAUCAGACGACGAUCUCUUUCGGCGUGUCAACAAAUUGCUGCGCAUGUCUCAUCAGUGGGUAAUGGCGAAGCAAGGAGCCACAACCCAGGAGGAAGGAUCUUCCUUUUACAAUGAAGGUCCCAAUUCUGCGUGUAAUGGGGACAAUAUGAUAGAUUUGACUGAUAUGCCAUGGAUGAAUGCCCUCGAGUUUGGAGAUGGAACAUGGCUUGAAGAAGUUCUUGGUUGGUCUCCGAUGGUACUCUAG